GUCGGCGUGAUAAGAGCGCCGCAGCACGCCGCCGUGUGUGUCCAGGAUGAGGCGUGCACGAGAGAGGAUGGAUCCGCGAUGGGGUGAGGUAUAAAUGGGAAGGCUGCAGAUGAAUUGGACAUCCAUGAAAUUUCCAGCUGCUUUGCUUUGGAAUGCAAACAGCAUCACGCCUUUGUAAAGUAAUCCAUUACUGACAAUUAAUGUCAGACUGCACACCUGAGCAGCUCAAUGCUGCUUCCCGGGUGAAAUACUGUACACGGACAGAUGGCCUUAUAAAAUCCAGCUCACCACAAUACACUUAAAUGCAGCAUAAUGCCUUCAAAAGUGUCCUGUCUAUACCUCCUGACAGUAGUGUGCUGGGCAAGCGCUUUGUGGUACUUGAGCUUAUCGCGGCCGACAUCCACUUAUGUCGGCCAUAUGUCUCUGCCUAUACACAAGACUGUGAAACCUGCCAAAAACACGACAUUUACUAACAUCCGAACACGGCCACUUAAUGAACACACCUACGAGUUUAUCAUCAACGAGCCCAAGAAGUGCGAAGACAGCUCUCCCUUCCUGGUCAUCCUAAUCAGCACCACGCACAAGGAGUUCGAUGCCCGCCAGGCCAUCCGCGAGACCUGGGGCGACGAGAGCACCUUCAGCGACCUCCGCAUCCUCACCAUCUUCCUCCUGGGCAGGAACACAGAUGCUGUCCUCAACCAGAUGGUGGAGCAGGAGAGUCAGAUCUUCCACGACAUCGUAGUGGAGGACUUCAUCGACUCCUACCACAACCUCACCCUCAAGACUAUGAUGGGAAUGCGCUGGGUAGCGACCUUCUGCCCCAAAGCGCAGUACGUCAUGAAAACCGACAGUGAUGUCUUUGUCAACAUGGACAAUCUGCUUUACAAGCUCCUCAAACCCACCACCAAGCCAAGAAAGAGAUACUUCACUGGCUAUGUGAUCCACGGGGGUCCAAUAAGGGACAUGCGCAGUAAGUGGUACAUGUCCAGAGACUUGUAUCCCGAUAGCAAAUACCCACCGUUUUGCUCGGGCACCGGCUACGUGUUCUCAUCCGAUGUCGCCGAGCUCAUCUUCAAGACUUCGCUGCACACCAGACUGUUGCACCUGGAGGACGUGUAUGUGGGUUUGUGCUUGCGUAAGCUGGGUAUACACCCUUAUCAAAACACUGGCUUUAAUCACUGGAAGAUGGCCUACAGCCUGUGCAGAUACAGGCGGGUCAUCACUGUCCACCAGAUCUCCCCUGAGGAAAUGCAUCGUGUUUGGAAUGACAUGUCCAGCAAGAAGCACCUGAGAUGUUGAUGGGGAAUGUCCAUCCACAUGCUUGUUUGCCUUUUGCUCCUUUUUGAACCUCAUCUGUCACAGACUGAUGGAUGGAAUGACAAAAAACAAAAAAACACUGAAGGCUACUGUAAUCAGAUGAAUUAUGUUGAACAUCCAUCCGCGUGUUUAGCCACUAGGGAUGGACAUUUGACUUUAUUUCCUCAAGACUAUGGGGGGAAAUGAAUUACUGUACAAUGUUUCCCCGCUAUGCGUGGGGAACUUCCAAGUAAUUAACAUCCUCCUAAAACAAUUUAUAAUUCCGGUCAAAGAUGAGGACAAAGCUCUACAGGUACACAGAACUCCUCAACUCACUUCAACAUAGUUCCUUGGCGCCGAGACGCCACCAAUGUGAAGUCAGAAUAUAUGAAUCAUGAAUAAACGAGGGAACACUGUAACCAAUUAAUUCCUCUAAAAUCCAAAUAAAUAUUGGAUUCAUCAAUCAUGCCUAUUCUUAAUAGCCACUUUGCACCAAUAGGCACAAUUUGGUUUAUCGUGGUUCAGAUUGGGAAACCCUGCAGUGUGCCCUUUCCUUUUUGAAUAGCUAGCCGAUAUGUUUUGGAGAUGUCGUAAUGCAGUUUUGCAUGGACAAAAACAACAUUUCAGAUAUCCGUAACGACAUUCUUCCUAUCCACAAUUGUCAUUUCACCUAGGACAAAUGACAUAACUUUUCCUUUUGUUAUAAGAAACUGCAGCUAUUUAGCCAGUUGUCCAUUCCGGCUGUUGAGACUCAAAAGGGGAUUCUGAGGUGGGAGUAUCGGCGAGUCGGUCUAUCGUCUUUAACGUAAGAAGCAGAAAGUACACUGAGGCUCGAUACGCGUGGCAAAUCAGUACCCAAUUCAGAUUUCCAUGUACAUUUCCAGUGACACAUAGCCGAUAAAACUGUUUCGACUACUGAACCGCAGACGUCAAGCUUGCAUUGGCGGGGUUUAUUUGAUCUUUGUGUGUACGUUACACUCGUAUUGGAAAAUAUCUGAUAUGCAUCUCGUUUUUUCCUCAUUUUGACGAGGCUUGACUCAGAUCAGAUAAAUUGUCUCACUUGAACUGUGCCAUGUAAAUGCUAGGCGUCAAUCGAGCCAUUCAUAAACCGUUAAUUCAUAAACUUAUACAUGUCGGUUUAAAGACAUCAGACCUUUUCACCAAAACGCUGCUUCUGUUUUCGUGUGGCUACCAAAUCAAUGGCAGAAUCUGUAUGCCAAAUACAUUUUUGAAACAGAACUAUGAGACCACCCUCUGGGUUGACUUCCAAGUGUAAAUCAUUUGGGAUAACAAGUCCACCACAAUGAUCACGCGCAGUUGCAUUCGGUUCUGCCAUCAUUAGAUGACAACAAAGUGGAUUUCGAGGAAUCUAACCCUCUGUGUCUCUCCCUUUGAUGUGGCUCAGCAAUGGAGGAUUUUGGACGAGCAUGUUGGCAAAGUUACCAUGACCAUUCAAAAUUGAUCUAAGUACAAAUUGCCAACUUUUUCAGUCGAGAAUAGCUCCACAGCUAUCUCGUUAGGUCAUUGAAUGAUGUCAGACCGCAGAACAGCAUGGUAAUUACCAUUUUAGCAAUCAAAACACUUGGCUCAGUGUCCCUGGGAUGAGAUUACAAAACAAAUAGUAAAUAAAUCACACACACAAAAAAGUCAGAUUUCACAAGUCACAUGUAUUGGAAAGUAUUGCUGAGUACAAGUCCAUAAUUGCAAGAUGGGCAUGUGACAAUCUAAAUCAGCAACUGAAUGUGCCCCCCAAAAAAUCAAAGAUGUUUAAUUAGCCUUUAAAAGUUAAGGAUGAAUAUGCAAUCUAUUUAUACAUUACUAAUAAUUGUUGAUAGAUAUAAAUGUGAAAGGUUAUUUUCUAUCAGUGGUUCCAAAACUUUUUGGGGAGCACCCCCUUUUGGAGAUUACAUUAUUUUCACCCCCCUGCCCCUCCAGCAUAGUUUUUUGAUUAAUAUACAUAGCUUACGUUUAAAUCAAAACUUUUUUUUCCUGCUAAAAUUGAAAAUUUAAUCUUGAAUUCCUAGUCAUUUCAGUUCCUGGUGUUGGCCUGUGUAGUCCCCUUUCCCCCUCAUCAUAAUGCCGAAUCCCCCAAGGGGGCAUGGCCCCCAGUUUGAAAACCAGUGUUAUGUGAUGACCCUGCAAUUGGCUGCCAUCCAGUAUUAUUACUUACACGGUUGAGAAUGUUUAAAAAAAAAAAAAAGUUUUAUCAUGAUGACUUCUUCUAUUAUUUCUCAUGACAAAUAGUAAUUCUAAAUUAUAGAUUCAGAAAGAAGACUGUGUUCAACCAGUGUACCUGCGCAGCAGCAUGCUCUCAAAUUUCAUUGAAAUACUUCACAUAUGGGCAGCACGGUGAAUCAGCUGGUAAAGCUUUGGCCUCACAGUUCUGAGGUCCCGGGUUCAAUCCCGGACCCGCCUGUGUGGGAUUUGCAUGUUCUACUCGUGCCUGCGUGGGUUUUCUCCGGGCAUUCCGGUUUGCUCCCACAUCCCAAAAACAUGCAACAUUAAUUGGAGACUCUAAAUUGCCCCUAGGUGUGAUUGUGUGUGCGAGUGUUCUGUCUCCAUGUGUCCUGCGAUUGGCUGGCAACCAGUUGACGGUGUACCCUGCCUCCUGCCUGUUGACAGCUGGGAUAGGCUCCAGCACUCCCAAGAUCCUUGUGAGGAUAAGUUGCAAACAAAAUGGAUGGAUACUUCACAUUUGCCUUUACCUGUCACACCAAUUCUCCAUUUUGAGUGCAGUUUUCCAUCAGUAGUAGGACAUUAGGGGAACUUUUUUUGCAAACAGCUACUUUGUAACAAAGGUCACGGAUGAUACAUAUUUCCAACUGCGCCCGGUCAGGACGGACUGAAAUAACUAUUUAGAGUGUCCACUUUCGACGUCCACAUCCAGUAUGUAAUUUCCGCACGGUGAUGCUGUUUCAGGUAGCCGCCAACGUUGGCUCCCACCCCCAGACUGACACCCAUCUGCCCCUGCUUCAGUGUCCUUGAGUGAGACACUGAAGCUCAACUGUCGCUGAGUCGGCGCUUUGAGCUUUCUGGGGCGGAAAACCCUGCAGUGCUCGGAAUGAUUAAAGUGUCACAUUGAGUUGGUCAGUCUUGAACAUUAACCAGUUUAAAAUGAUCAUUUACAAAUCAAUAUGGAAGACAUUCACUUAUGGCAAAAGCAGACUUUCCUCCAGAUCCGGAUCUUAAUUGCUCCUUUCACUAAAUUGUCCAACUUUUAAACAAUUUUGGAGUGAACUAAAACAGAAAUGGUGAGACAGGCCCUCACUUAAAAUUCUGACAGACUCCACCAUCUUGGAGAACGUCUUCCCAGAAGAGUGGAAGCUGUUUUCGCUGCAAGGCAGAGAGUGGCAGGACCAAUCCAUAUUUUAUUCCAUUUUUACUUGCUGUAGGUGUAAGGGCCAGGUUUCCCAAUAUUUUUUUAUCCAUAUGGUGUUGACCUCAUUCAAUCAAUAUCCAGGUCACGUCUCUACUUCCAUGGCUCCGGUAGACCAAAAUUAAGUCCAUCUAUAUAAAUGGUCCCCCCAAAAAAGUGCAAGCAUACAGUAAUUCAAUGUUUUCCAAAUAACAGUAUGGACUAUCAUCAAAUCACAUUCGUGAUUUUACAGUGUUCCUUAGUUUAUGACGUUGUCAGGGUUGUGAUUAUAUCAUCAUUACGCAAUCUCACCUUAAUAUUAAAAUGUGUAUUUUAGUCUCCAAAUGCCCUUCUCAUUGUUCUGUGCCUCAAUAAAGCAGCUGCUCUUGCUCUUGUUCGUUUUAUGGCGGCAAAUCGAUUUGUGCAACAGUUGCUGAGACGUUAAGAGGAUAUUGCAAAUAUAAUGUACGGCAUAUCUGUUGUUGAUUGCAGAAACUUUUGACAUCUUUCGUGUGUCUCUAUGCCAUUCAAGGUCAAAUGUUCAAGUCAAGCUCAUGUGAUAUCUCCCACAGUGUUGUGAUAUAUUUAAAUUCUUUUUUUAUAUUA